AUGCGCGAGCGCAUUUUUGCUGCUUUGGAUCGGCAUAAGCAAUUUUUGGAUGCAUAUGAUCCGGAAAGUAAACAAGGGCAUGUUCAAUCCAGGUUGGACAAGUUAGAGGCAUCUUGGAAGGAUUUUAACGAUUUGCAGGACGAAAUAUCUGAGCUAGAUGCGAAAGGCGAAGUAGAGGCGGAGACUAGUAAAGCAUACGUCGACUUCGAAGAGCAAUAUUAUGCGAUUCGGGCUGCUUUUUUGAGUAAAUUAGAACCUACUACACCAGCAGCAAAUUUGGAUAAUACUCUUGGUCGGAAUAAUGCUUCAUUGGGUGUGCACACAGGGUCUGCACUGAAAGGGGAGGCAGCUAAACUGAUCGAGUCUCUAACGAUCACAAACGGAAACUACAUAAUAGCAUGGGACACCAUCACCAAGCGGUACUCGAAUGAAUAUUUGCUGAAGAAGCGCCAUCUUCAGGCAUUGAUGGAAUUCCCGAGGAUCGAGAAGGAGUCGGCUGGGCGAAUACAUAGACUGGUGAACGAGUUCGAUCAACGGCUGAAGAUUUUGAAGCAGCUGGGCGAAAAGACGGAGCACUGGGGAGCGAUGAUCAUCCAUUGGAUGUGUUCAAAGCUGGAUGCGCAUACUCUGCAGCUAUGGGAGGAUCACGCUGCAUCGUUACGGGAACCUACAUUCGCGGUAUUGGUGGACUUUCUGGAGAAAAGAACGAGGGUUUUGGAAGCUGUGUUAUCCAACACCGGCUCUGCUCAUCCGAAGGCGGCGGCUAAACGAGAGCGCGUGACUGUACACACGUCUACGGAGGGCGGAAAAAGUGAUCCAACCUGCCAAUGUUGUGGUGAAUUGCAUUAUUUGGUACGGUGCGCAAAAUUCAAGGGUUUUGGACUAAAAGAAAAGUUGGACUUCGUCAACGGAAAACAGCUAUGCAGCAACUGCUUCAAAACGGGUGACUGGGUACGUGACUGCUCGUCAAAGUUUAGCUGCAAGACAUGUGGGAAGAAGCACAACACUUUGAUACAUCCGGGGUUUCAACCUGGUAAUGGAGGAGGCAGCAAUGGCAAAAGCGACGCAGCUAGGACGCACGUUGCAGCAGACACAGCGGAAGAAGAACAAAUCGAAGCAGCCGAAGGAGUCACAGUCGGAUCAUAUAGCGUUGGAACGAAAAAGGAAAUUUUGAGUUCCAAGGUGUUCCUUUCAACAGUGGUCGUGGCGAUACGGGAUCAAAAGGGUGGUACACAGCUAACCCGAGCGUUGCUGGAUAAUGGAUCGCAGAUCAAUCUGAUGUUUAAACGUCGAGCAAUAUGCGUUCUCAUAACAGGAGUUGGACAGUCGGAAUCGACGGCAAGACAUGCAGUGAAUACAACGGUUAAGUCCAGAGUAACAGAUUUCUCUAUUGAAUUGGAUUUCCUGGUUUUGCAGCGAGUGACACCUGAACUUCCUUCGGUUACGAUUCCUAUCAAGCAUUGGAAUAUUCCUCAUGACCUGCAGAUGGCGGAUCCACAAUUCAACAUAAGCGGCCGCAUUGAUUUGCUACUAGGAGCGGAACAUUUCUUCAGUUUCCUGCGCGAUAGAGAGGUGAAAAGAAUGGUGUUGGGUCCAAAGCUGCCAAUACUCGUGGAUUCGGUAUUCGGGUGGAUUGUAUCCGGACGUGAUGAAAGUCUACAGCAGAAACAGUCAGUUCGAUGUUGCACGGCAGUCACCCCUAUCGAGAGAAUGGAAGAUCUAUUGGAGAAGUUCUGGAGAGUAGAAAGCUGUGACGACCGACCUGCAUGGUCAAAGGAGGAACAAGACUGCGAGGAGCAUUUCAAGAGUACGCAUUCCAGAGCAGAAGAUGGCCGGUAUAUCGUGCAGCUGCCGAAACAAAAUAGCUGGAACCGGAUGUUGGGAGAAUCACGAGCAACGGCGUUGGACAGGUACAAGAAAUUGGAGAAUCGGUUGGAACGGCACCCGGAUAUGAAGGAACCAUACCACGCUUUCAUGAAGGAGUACGUGGACAUGCGGCACAUGCGAAGGCUAACGACAACGGAACUGCAGGCAGAGGCCAACGGAGUAGGUCAACGGAAGGUGUUUUAUUUGCCGCACCACGCGGUGAUAAAAGAAUCAAGCACAACUACAAAAGUGCGCGUCGUAUUUGACGCAUCGGCACGUACAGACAGCGGAUACUCCCUCAACGAUGUUCUUUUGAAGGGACCUGCAAUUCAGGAUGAUCUGCUAAAUCUCCUGAUACGCUUCCGCAAGCAUGAAGUGGCGCUUGUGGGAGAUGUGGAAAAAUGUAUCGGCAGAUGUUUACGAGUUACUGACCUAACGUAUGGGCUUACACUGUCAUCUUUUCUGGCAACCCGGGCACUACAACAGCUGCCUGAAGAUGAAGGAGUUGAAGGUACUAAAGCUCGCCUAGCGCUACAAAAGGAUUUUUACGUCGACGACUAUAUUGGAGGAUCCGCAAAUGUCGUUGCAACCAUCGAGCUUAGAAAAAAUUUGACAUCCUUGAUGGCCAAAGGAGGAUUUCCAAUCCGGAAAUGGUGCUCGAAUCAGCCUGAAGUCCUAUCCGGUAUUCCUGAGGACCAGUUGGGUACUGUUCUUACAAUAACCUUUAAGUUGAAUCCCGAUGAAAAGGUUAAAACGCUAGGGAUUACUUGGGAACCGAAAGCGGACCAGCUUAGGUUCUUAUAUAAUGUUGGAGAGGAAGAAGGAGAAUGGACCAGAAGGCGCAUAUUAUCUGCAAUAGCCAAACUAUUCGAUCCCCUAGGAUUGAUAUCUCCCUUAGUGGUGACUGCAAAAAUAAUUAUGCAAGAGCUGGCGCUACUGCAAACAGGAUGGGAUUCCCCAGUACCACCACAACUACAGCAAAAGUGGACGGAUUUCCAUCGCCGACUGUUCAAAUUAGCAGAAUUCAGCAUACCCAGGUUCUCCUUCAUCCUAGACUACGUCGACGUACAGCUCCACUGUUUUGCUGACGCCUCCGAUCUUGCGUACGGAGCCUGCUUAUAUGUGCGUUCCAUGGAUCAACAGGGCAACAUCCAUUCAGAUAAUGCUACAAAUUUCCAAGGCUCUAAACACGAAUUGUACGAGCUGUACAAGAGCCUCAACAGCAAAGCUGCCCAAGAAACUAUUGGAUCUGAAAUGUCACAGCAAGGAAUAUCCUGGCAUUUAAUUCCACUCCGUGCCCCCAAUUUCGGUGGAUUGUGGGAGGCAGCAGUACGCUCCGCCAAAAGUUGCCUGAAAAAGGAAGUCGCCAUACCCACUAACCGCUUAGCCCACUAUCAGCAACGGCAGCAGAUGUUCCAACGAUACUGGCAGCGUUGGAGUCAAGAGUACAUCACUGGACUUCAGGAAGCAAGUAAGAACCGUCUACCAAGCACCAUCCGUGUAGGCAGCAUCGUGAUUCUUCGGGAGGACAACUUACCACCACUUCAAUGGCCCCUAGCGAGGAUAACCGAGGUUCACCCUGGCGCAGACGGAGUUAUACGAGUGAUGACAAUCAAGACGUCUAAAGGGACCUACAGGCGUCCAGCAAACCGCAUCUGCCCGUUACCCACCGAGGAUUCUGCCGAUAUUAAUUGA